UUUUCUGCGUCCGGAAAAAUAAAAAUUGCUGACUUGCAUACUGUGGUAUUUGUUCAUUGAUGUAAGAUUAGAAAAGUGUAUGAUAAUAUAUAGAAACUCGUUUGCUAGGUGAGUUUGUAAAUACUAGAGUGUUAACUUAUUCCCUGUGGAGAAUUAAAACUGUUUAGUAGAGACAAUUAUCGCAAGUUCUGGGAAAUGAGUCAUAGCUGCGACCUAGUUGACGUGUGUCUUCAACAAGGGUUGGAGCAAAUGUUAACGAUGUUUUCUUAAGCUACCGGUUGCAGUUGUCCUGGGCAACAAAUGAAUGCGCACAACAUUCCGCGGAUAUUUCGAUCAGUCGGCUAGAUGACUUUGAGCCAUACAGAGACGACACUCAAUUUGAAAAAAAAACUCUUGGGGUAUACUGGUUGACUUCCUUAAAUAUUAUAUAUAAAAUAAUUGACUAGUCAACAAUACAAUAAUGAGGCUUGAAAUAAUCAUCUUUUGCUGUUACUAUACAUAUGUCGCGGAUGGUGCGUUCAAUGACCUUCAUAAUUUGAAUUUUUCCGACAGUAGUUCAACAAGGCAGCUCAUUAGCCAUGCGAGAGAAUUGAUUGCAACGUGUUUUACAAAUAAUUCGAAUCCGGUGAUAAUAACUUCUGAUUUAAUCGAUGAUGGCUCCAGAAAACAAAAUCCGGGUGAUAGUAAAGAAAGAAAUUCGCCGGUAAUUGUAAUUAACGAAAAAUUAAAGGGGGAUAGGACCAAAGGAUACCAUCCUACGUACCCCACAUAUGUCCUGUCAUUCGACUCAAUUGAAAAACUGGAGGCACAAGUUGAAGAGUUUAGAUCAUCGGCAAUCUGGAGUAUAAAGUCGCCUCUCCUGGUCAUCGAUACUAACAAAGAGUCGCGGUGUGCGAAUGCUGGAAAAGUACUUGGGUUUUUAUGGACAAUGGAUUUAUUGUCUGCGUAUUACUUGUGUUAUGACAAUGGCAAGGAUUCGACGAUCGUUUACACUUUGAACCCAUUCACGAAUUACGCUCCACUACCAUGGGUUAAAGUGGAUGCAGCUGAUCAGUUUGACAACAACAAGGGCGAGAAAUGGACACUCUACAAUCUCCAAUAUUCAAAAGAUGGAACUCCAUGCAAAAAUGUGUCUUUUGAUAAGACUCAAGAAUUGGAUGGCCAUGAAGUCAAAUUCGGACUUGUUUUGAGUUCACAAAAGGAUGAAAACAUUAAGAUAAAUAAAGGAUAUAAACUUGCCGAUAGCUUUGUCUCCGAAAAAUCACUCAGUUUAUGGAGAUGGUCGAAACAUCUUAAUGUCCAGAGAUUCAUUCACUUUUUACCGCCUAGUACGAUACGUACAAUUGUAAAGAAAGGAUAUAUUGCGGAAUUAGCUAAUAAAACGCUUGACGUUCAAUCAGAUAUAUUGCAAUUAGCGGAUACUAAUAACAACUUUUCAGACUUUAUAACGCACUAUCACGAAGUAACGUAUUCGAUUUUAACUAAAAAGUCAAAUUAUUUAACGGUAAUAAGCGAGAUGACUUACAAUCUGCAGUUCAUCAUUAUGACAAUAGUUGUCUUGCUAUUGAUAGCAUUGAUUAUAAUAAUGAAUAACAAAUUCGACAUAAGCGGGGGUAUUAUGGACGUGAUAAAAAUGUCAGCAGGUAUGGGAGUGAUGUCGCCAUUCGAUCGGCUAUCAAUAAGAAUAAUUUACUUAAGCGGCUUCUUGUUUAUUUUCACUGUAAUGCCCGAGUUCCAGGGACAAAUAUCUGCCAUUCUGUCAAAGCCUAUGCGCCGUAACGUAGAGUCAUUAAAAGAUCUGUACGAAAAUAAGUUUCAUGUUUACUAUAACGAAUUAUUAGAAAAUGAUAUUAUUAAUGAAAAAUUGUGGGUCACUGAUGAGGACAAAAAAUAUUUACAUCCAUCGAAUCAUUCAGAAUUAGUUGAUUGUCAAUUGAAAGCACAAGAAGAUUCAUCAAUAUCCUGUCUUUCUGCCACAAAUCAUCUCUUACAUGUUGCUUCAAAAUUAAAAUAUUUUUAUGUUUCGAAAGAAGUUACUUUUAAAAAAUAUUUCGUUUAUUGGACAAGAAAGGACUGGGCUGUCAAACAUCAGCUCGAUAAAAUUGCAUCGUUAUUUGAGGAAUCGGGUCUUAUUCAUUAUGGGAUUGACAGUGUAAUAAAAGAGUCUUCUAAGAAAAUAAAAAAAUUGAAUAAAAUCGAACAACGAGGAAAUUACGACCAGGUUGAUUUCGAUCAUUUGGUGUUAAGUUAUAUGUUUACUGGCGCAGUUUUACUUUGGAGUUUGAUUAUCUUUGGAAUUGAAGUUCUCUUUCAUAAGCAUUCGAAAAUUUGCAAACAAAUUAAAAUGCGCAGAUAUUUUAGAAAGAAAAUUUCUAUAAGGUCGCAGCCGAGAAUUGUUUUCUUUCCCGGACGAAUGGUUCUCUCAAACAACCGCAGUCAAGCCUGAAUGAAAAAUAAUAAAUUUAACAUUCGGGGUGAGAAAACACCUGAAAAAACCGAACCCUAGAGAUCUCAUAUCACUUUAUUACAAAAAUAUUGUUCUGAAUUUUGAAUUUUUGAUUGUGCGUUGAUUUGUGUCAUCACCAGUUAUUAACGACUCAAAUUGUGUCAUAAAUUAAAUUGAUACUUGUUGUUGUGAAUUGUAACCUAUUACUUGAUAUGUAUCACUUAUUCUAA